UAGUUGCUCAGGUUUGCUGUGGAAAAAGACUUGUCAUUUGAGUACAUUUGACAGAUUUUUAACAAUCAAUAGCAAUUUUGCGGUAUCUUUUGCUUUGCAAGUACAUUCUCUGUUAAGUGUUAAACAAAACAUUUCUAAAAAUGAGUUUCGCUUUGCCUUCAUUGAAACCAAAACCUGAACAUGCUACCAGCAUGGGAUUGCAGGAAGGUGCAUAUGGUGUGCCUGACUUGAUGACUUGUGGUUUAUCCGGAGGGGCUGCAAAUUUCAGAUCUGUGCACCCAAUAAUGCAAUCAGAGAAAAACUAUGCACAAAGGCAAAACACAUUGAAUAUGACUGUCUUGAGAAAUACACAAGGACUUCAUGCACCAAUGAGAUUGGCAAUGGAAUUGAAAGCUGCUAAGAAAAUUGGUCAUUUGCCGUUUUUGCCAUCUCACAAUGUUAUGGUAGAUUCAUUGACUGGAAGGGAUUUGGAAAUUGGGCCAGAAGAUGUGUUCAGCACUAGCGAAUUCUGUGAAGUUAUGGGCCAGCCCCAUGCUAUGGUUGAAAGAAGCUUGGGAUUAUUGUAACUGCUUAUCUAUUAUUUAUAAAGGAAACAUGUUUUAAAUAUUCAUUAAAUAAAAAGUACACACUUUUCUAUAA